AUGACCUUGUGUAGGUCAGCCUUGGCCGUUGCGGCUGCGGCUCUUGUCUCGAUCACCCAGGCAUGGAACAUUGAGCUACCUCCCUGCAUUGAGCCUUUCAAGCCCUUUGUUUACUCUGGCUGUUUCCAAGAUGGCAACCCCAACGCUCUCGUUUUCCGGUCCAGCCUGGACCAGCAGGAUAUGACGGUUGAGAAGUGUAUUGCUGACUGCAAGGGCAAUGGCUUCCGAUAUGCUGGUCUUGAGUACUACGGCGUUUGUUUCUGCGGUGCUACCGUCAACGGCGCUCAGCUCGAUGAGUCCAAAUGCUCGUUCCCCUGCAGCGGGAACAAGACCGAGACCUGUGGUGGCGACAACACUCUUUCAGUCUGGCAGGAUCCUACCUUUCCCAAGAGCCCCAGCGACGUCACUGUCGAUGACUACAAGUCUCUCGGUUGCUACACCGACGAUUCUCCCAAGGGCCGCACUCUCUCCUAUCCCAUUGACCUUGAUGCCUCUACCUUCACCACCAAGAAGUGCCUGGCGGCGUGCGAGAAGCAAGGCUUCCCCUUUGCUGGUGUCGAGUUUGGCAAGGAGUGUUGGUGCGGUGUUGUCCUGGCCAACGACACUGCCAAGGCUGAUACCUCUCAGUGCAAUAUGCCUUGCCAGGGCGACUCUUCCGACACCUGCGGUGGACGCGGUCGACUAAACUUGUGGGUUGCCAAGGAUCUUGAGUCUCUUGAGCCUUGUGGCCACAAGCCUGGUACAACUACCACGUCUCUGCCUCCCAGCAAUACGACUACAACGAAGCCUGUUGAUACAACCACUACCAAGUCCGAGACUACUACAACUACCAAGCCUGAGACUACUUCAACUACACAGCCUGAGACUACUACAACUACAAAGCCCGAGACUACCACAACCACCAAGCCUCAGACUACUACCACAAAGCCUGAGACCACCACCACAACGCCCCAGACUACCACCACCACCAAGCCCCAGACUACAACAACUACCAAGCCCCAGACUACUACCAAGCCAACUACUACCACCAAGGAUAUACCUCACACCACCACCAACCUUUGCACUGCUACGGUAACUCUCCCUCCCAAGUGCGAGUGGCAGUGUGGCAGCUGGUGUGCUCCUCCUCUCCCCCAUUGGGGUGAUAAGAACGGCUGUAUCAUUGCCCAGAAGACCUGCCACAAGCAGGUUUCCUCAUGCUUCAAGAACGCAGGCUGGCCCGGCUCUAUCGAAUGCUUCAAAUUCAAGGCCUGGUGCGGAUUCAUCGACGCCUACUGCGCAUCCUGGUGCCCUUCCGACAGCUGCGGCAAAUGGGACUGCUGGGACAAGCAUCACGGCGGCGGCGGCAAGCCUCCCAGCAAUCCCCCUACCACCACGACAUCUGUCUAUCCUUGCCCGACGACUUCCAAGCCUGCUACCACGACCACGAAGCCGGCGACCUCGUGCCCUCCCGAGCCGACCAACAUCUGCACGCAACCCACUAACCAAAAGUACGGCUAUGGUCCGGGCAAGCCCGUCGGCGGCAUCCCCCUGCCCGUCGUAGGCUGCAACGACUGCAAGGACGAGUUCGACGAGAAGCCCUUCAAGUACUACACCGAAGCUGAGAGCCGCAACUGCCCCGGCUUCCCCUGGCCCCGGUGGCCCAGCGUGUGCUCCCAGGCCUGCGAGGAGCAGUACACGCAUUGCGUCGCCACCUACAACAAGGGCUGCGAGUCCCUAGGCUGGAGGGACAGCUGGCGCAAGCGAGCCGGCGAAUCUGACGAGGAGUUUGCCAAACGCUGGUCCGGGCCGGACAACGGAGGUUCCGGCACCUGCGCCGCCGCCGGCUCCGUCUCCACGGGAGCCUGGUCCGCAAGGGGCUCUGACAGCCUUCAAUGCUGGGGAUGGGGCGGCAACAAUCCCGCCUGGGCUCUUGAGCGUUGCAAGGCUCAGUACCAGGAUUGCCUGAGAGUUAACCAGUGGGUUGACCCCAAGGACAAGUGCAAGCGCUGGCCGGGCUGCUAA